GAAAGGGCUAUCCGCUCCCUUCGCCAAAUUAUUCCACAACAAUGUCAUGCUCCGAGAGCCCGGCUGCAAACUCUUUUUUGGUAGACUCCCUGAUCAGCUCGGGCAGAGGGGAAGCGGCGGGAGCAGGAGGCGGAGGCGGAGGCGGAGGCGGCUACUAUCCCAACAGUGGGAUCUACCUGCCACAGGCGUCCGAUCUGUCCUACGGGCUGCAAAGCUGCGGACUUUUCCCCGUUCUGAGCAAACGCAAUGAAGGUACUUCUCAAAGCAUGGUCCCCAGCUCGCACUCCUACGUGUCAGGGAUGGAAGUGUGGCUAGAUCCCCCCCGGUCCUGUCGCAUGGAAGAGCCGGAGAGCCAGCAGGCCACCUCGUGCUCCUUCGCUCCAAGCAUUAAGGAGGAGAGCUCCUACUGCCUCUAUGACUCAGAGAAAUGCCCCAAGGGCUCAGGCGCCACAGACCUCGCUCCUUUCCCCCGGCUGAGUGCCGAGGUCAGCCCAGCCAGCGGCGGCGGCGGGGUCCCCGUCCCGGGCUACUUCCGCCUCUCCCAGGCUUAUGGCACUUCCAAGAACUACGGCGCGGGGCCAGCCGGGGCUGCCCCUUUUCCUCCGCAGCCCCCCGGCCGCUUCCAGACGCCUCCAUCUUUGCCUCCCGUCCCGGACGCGGGGAGGAAGGAGGAUGAGGAACGCUCUCCAAGCCCCUUGGCGUGCGUCUCCCAGAGGGAGGACGAGACCCAGGCUUCAUCUUCCACCGCAGAGGAGCUCUCUCCAACUCCGUCAGAGAGCAGCAAAGCUUCUCCCGAGAAAGAGCCUGUAGAGAAGGCCAUGGCGAAACACUCCGGAAAGGCAGGGGCUGAAGGCAAUUCAAAAGGAGAAAAUGCAGCAAACUGGCUCACGGCAAAAAGUGGCAGAAAGAAACGAUGCCCCUAUACCAAGCAUCAAACUCUCGAGCUGGAAAAGGAGUUUCUAUUCAAUAUGUACCUGACUCGUGAGCGUCGCCUAGAGAUCAGCCGCACAGUCCACCUCACAGACAGACAAGUUAAAAUCUGGUUUCAGAACCGCAGAAUGAAACUGAAGAAAAUGAACAGAGAGAAUAGGAUUCGGGAGCUCACAGCCAACUUUAAUUUCUCUUGAUGAACCUAUAAAUACAUCUUUAUGGUUUAAAGAGCCAGUAUCAUUUUCCUAGGCUGUAUACAUCCGCACCUGUAUGAAUUAAUGAUUUUAGGCGCUCUCAAUAUGUCCUUAACCUCUUAAGAGCUACUUUGGGGGGUGGGCGGACUAAAGUCAUGCUAAAGCACAAAAUGCCGUGUGUGAACCUCCCCUCUUCCUUCAGCCUUUCCCGGCGCCAAUUUGUUCCUCUAAGCUUUGAAACACACACACAAAAAAUACCAUUUCAGGAGCUGCAAAUAUGCUUCCGCCUAUCUCUCUCGAAAAGUAAACAAUCCUGGUUAAAGGUGCAUUCUCCUAGAAUAUAAGUGCUGUAACUUGGACUGUACGUAGCUGCACAUUGAAGAAUUUAAGCAUCGCCAUAUUUCUAUAUAUUGGGAGCUUUCCCCUUCUCUGUUUGCCUUUUCUCCCCCUCCCCCUUUUUUCCUUCGAAAAGCGGGACUUAAAAUAAUGAAAUGCAGGCAUCCUUUAAAAAGGCUUCACGGGAACGGGUGUUAGGAGUGUUUGGUUUUUUUUUUUUUUUCCCCACUUUCCUUAAAAGUCAAUAUUUCAGCUUUAAAUUUGGCCAGGAAAAUGAAAUAUCUUCUCUUUAAAGGUAUAAAAGGGUUCGUUUUACUCAUGGACUAAAUUAUUACACUUACCUCUGAAUUUCUCUCGCUGGUUGUAGAUAUUUACUUAAUGUAGUUUUGCUUAAAUAUGUGAAUUUGGUGAUUUUCUUUUGUGUCUAUAUAUAACGUUACCAUUGGUAACGCAUGACAAGCACACAGAAAUUCCCCCUUGAGAAGAAAAUAGUCACUUUUUUCCUCACUAAUUUCACUGAAAAGUAUAUAUCCUGAACAUCAGAUGGACUUUCUGAGCCAGAGUCUGAGAUUGUGAGGGAGAACAUAUUCAUCUUCCUUUAUACUGUGAAGUUACAUGCAUUAAAGGGUCAAACAUAUAGGUGAAAAAAAUUAAAAAUAUUAAAAAAGGGGAAAAACUAUAAAUACAGAUAUGAAUAAAUGUCUAUUAUUAUUAAAAUGCCGAUAGUGUUUUAAGCAAAUGCAUUCUAUCAUUAUUAUAAAUGUUAGUUCUAGCUAUAUCUAGUUCUUACGUUAAAUCUGAAUAAAUUAAUAUUGUAAUGCUGCUGUGCGUGAAAA